AUGGGCUCGGCACCAAGCGCCGCCUUGACAGCCCUGCAGAAACACGCCGCUGUAGGCUCUGCAGAGAUCACCUCGGCUCCCGGCGCACGAGAGCUGAGCAUCGUCGUCCAUUUCCGAGCCGGCGGUGACGGACAGCGGGAGCGAGUGUUGCGAGACAUGAUCUUCUGCCUGGAGGACCUAGGCCUGGACAACGUCCGCGUCGCUCAAGCAGCUUCCCAGUCGCCCUUGCAGCGAGCACAGGCACGCCGGGCCUCGGAAGCCGUCGGCUGGCGCCGCUCGUUCCUGCGAGCCUUCGUACUCACUUUGCCCAUCGUGCUCCUGAUGUGGGUGGUCGCCCCCAUGCCGGCGCUGAAACCCUACCUGAUGCUGAAUGGCAUCGACAUCGCUGGUAUUGCCAUGUUCCUGUUGGCAACGCCGGUGCAGUUCGUCAGUGGCGGGGUUUUCUAUCGUGAAACCUUCGAGGGCCUCAAGCACCGAAAGCUUGGUAUGUCCGCGAUGGUGGCUCUGGGUACUACAGCCGCUUACCUGUCCUCCUGUGCCCAGUUGGUCUGCAAACUGCUGGCGAAGGAGGCGGCGGUGAUGAGCCUGGACUUUGAUACCUCCUCCCUGCUGAUUGCCUUUGUGCUGCUGGGUAAGUGGCUGGAGUGCCGCGCGAAGGGCAGCACUGGCGACGCCAUCACCGCGUUGCUCUCCCUGCAGCCGCAGACUGCCCUCCUGGUACGGGAGGAUGGUUCCGGUCGCGAACGAUAUGUCGAUGCAAAGCUCCUCGUCAAGGGCGACCUUGUCCGAGUGCUUCCGGGAUCGAAGGUGCCAGCGGAUGGAACGGUGGAGUCAGGCGAGUCGGCUGUGGACGAGUCGGCGUUGACCGGGGAGUCUUUGCCUGUACCCAAGGCUCCUGGAGACCGCGUGGUCGGGGGCACUGCAAACCAUGGUGGCCAGCUGCAGGUACGCCUGGAAGCAGUGGGUGAAAGCUCGGCAUUAGCGCAGAUCGUUGGCCUCGUCGAAGCGGCGCAGUCGCAACGAGCUCCGGUUCAGGAGCUCGCCGACCGGGUCUCGAGCGUCUUUGUGCCGACGGUUCUGGUGCUGAGCCUGGCGACGUUCGUACUUUGGAUGUGUCUCUUGGGGACAGGCCUCGUCCAUUUGGAUGCAGUGAGCAACAGCGAGCACCACAACGACUUCACCUUCUGCCUGAUGAUGGCAAUCUCCGUGCUGGUCGUUGCCUGCCCCUGUGCGCUGGGCCUUGCAGCGCCGACAGCAGUGAUGGUCGGAACAGGAGUCGGAGCCACGCAAGGCGUCCUCAUCAAGGGUGGUCACGCUUUGGAGGCAGCCCACCAGAUCGAAGCGGUCGUCUUGGACAAGACGGGCACGAUCACCGAGGGAAAGCCGCGUGUCACGGACGUGGAGGUGUUGUGUCGCGAUGACGAGGUUUCGCUCACCAACCUUCGCCAGCACCUUGCAUCGGCGGGCGCUCCGACGACCGGACCGGUGGCGACUUCAUUGCCUUUGCUCCUCCUGGCUGGGAGUGCGGAACGAGGAAGCGAGCAUCCCUUGGGCCAGGCAGUCGCGCAGGAGGCCGAACGUCUCCUAGCCGAUCGCGGAGCUCCUUCCGCUCUGGUUGAGCCGACCACCUUCCGGGCUUUGCCGGGGCGCGGUCUCGAGGCCUCUGUUCUGGAGCACCAAGUGCUCAUCGGCAACAUGGCAUGGAUGGAGGCCAACGGAGUACGUGCGGAGAGCGCUGAGCGACUCGGGACACUGAGGGCCGAACUCGAGGAGGACGGCAAGACGGUGGUCUUUGUGGCCGUGGAUGGGGUGCUGGCGCUCCUUGUCGCCCUGGCGGACACGGUGAAGCUGGAGGCUCCACAGACAAUCCAAGCUCUCCAGCGCAUGGGGCGUGAGGUGUUCAUGCUGACGGGUGACAACGCACGCACUGCGGCAGCUAUCGCCCGGCGAGUGGGUAUUCCACCGGAGAACGUCGUUGCUGGAGUCCUCCCCUCGGGGAAGGCGGAGAAAGUGAAAGAACUGCAACAAAGGCCGCAGUCCUCUGCAGCACGCGCCGGCUGCUUCCGUGGGAGGGAGGUGCGGCCAGCAGAGGAGGGCCGGCGGUUCGUAGCAAUGGUCGGUGAUGGCGUCAACGAUGCCCCGGCAUUGGCCCAGGCCGAUCUCGGGAUUGCCAUUGGGGCGGGCGCGGAGAUUGCGAUGGAGGCGGCUGACAUGGUCCUAGUGAAAAGCCGCCUCUCUGAUGUCGUUACGGCCUUGCACCUCUCGACUGCCAUCUUCCGCCGAAUCCAACUCAACUUCCUUUUCUCCUUAGGCGCAGAGGGUGCACGCGCUUCUGUGUCCAACCUGCACGCGCAGCGCUGGAAACCUGCGCAGGGCCGAUUCAUCCUGCAUGCGCCGGGUACGCCCACCCCCCGUGUCCAAGCUGCACGCGCAGCGCGGGAAACCUGCGCAGGGCCGAGCUUUCUUGUAUCCGGAGGCCAUGCAAACACAGACAGAAAAUCCAUGCCAAUGUAG